UACAGAUGCUACUCCUUUUGGAGUCAGUCAAAGCUAUGACAAUCUAGUGGUUGCAAAAACUAUACAGGAACUUACCAGAUAUAACCAACCUUUAAAUUACAAUUAAGACGCUAGCACACAGAAUUCAAUCAGUAUUGGGUAUUGGAUAUUGAAUUAUAAGGUGGAAGUUUGGUUCUAUGCGCUGUGGUCGUGUAUUAUCGCCUAGAGAAUUCUGCUUUCAUUUACAAUUUCUUCUUCCAUAUUGUCGUAUUUCCCAGCGUGGAGACUAUUUCUUGCUUUUAUUAUUAGAAAUGUUUACCAAUUUAACUUCUGGAGCGUUAUUCUAUGCUUCUGGUAAAGUAGUACAUGGUUUCGGUAGAGGAUCAAAGCAACUUGGAAUUCCAACAGCCAAUCUUGAAGAAUCUGUUGUUGAUCAGCUUCCUGCUACAAUUGAAAAUGGUAUUUACUUUGGAUGGGCUAAACUUAGCAAUACACCAGUUUAUAAAAUGGUUAUGAGUAUUGGUUGGAAUCCAUACUUUAAAAAUGUGAAACGUUCAAUGGAAGUUCAUAUACUUAAUACCUUUGAAGAUAGUUUUUAUGGUGAAACAAUUAAACUUAUUUCUGUUAAAUAUUUUCGACCUGAACUUGAUUUUCCAAGUAUUGACGAUUUAAUCCGGCAAAUUCACACAGAUAUUUGUGAAGCUAAUUCAUUUCUUGAUCAACCAGAAGCUUUAUCUUGGAGUACAAAUAAAUUAUUAUUAUCAUCCCUAUCGUCACCGUCAUCCUCAUCCAAAGAUGAUGACAAGCAUUCAACCAUUGUUGACCAUAGAAAUGGUACAUACUGAAUUCCAGUUGUGUGUGUGUGUGUAAAAAGUAAAACGAAUUGCCUUCCCAUUUCAGUCUAUUUACUAUAUUAUAUUGCACGAAAGUCAAUUCAACUGGUAUGUGUCAUGUAUGGAUGUGUCAUUACAUAUGUAUGUGAUAAAAUGAAGAAUGCGGUAGGGAAACGCAACUGUUGUCUAUUUUCUUAUUAUCGUCACCAUCACCCAUCAUUCAGAUGUCCCAGAUGUUUCGCUAUCAUCAUAGUCAUCAUUAUCAUCAUGUAACGUUUUUGAAGAUUGUAAUCGUAAUUAUUAUUAUUAUUAUUAUGAUCCUUUUUUUCUGUAUAUUACAAGAUGUAUCAUAGUCGUCGUUGUUGCUGAGUAACAUACCAAAUAGUUUUGAAAAUAGUGCGCGCGCGCCCGCGUGUAUUUGAAUUAGACUUUUGUAAAUUGUGUUCAUCAUGAUGAUUUCAUUUUUUUCUCUCCUUUUUUUUUCUAUGAAUUUCUUUAUUGAUGAAUUAAAGGUUAAUCUGAAUGACGAGCACCACUUGGUUUUCAUAAAUUCCCUUGCCCUUUUAAUUAUAUACAUAUAUGUAUAUUUCCUAUAAUUUUUUUUUGAUUACAGCUUGAUUCCACACCGUAUUUUCGGUACAAGUAUGGAAUUUUUUAGCAUGGAUAUCGGUAGCCCAAAUUUUUCAGGCCGACCAACUGAUAUCAGGUGUACGUCGGCAGGGGAUCGAACC